GCCGGGCGGGUGAUGUCACCGGGCGCGUCAUGACGCAGGGUCGCCCUGGCCGGGCGCGCGUUGAUGGCGUCACGCGCGGUGCUCCCGGAAGGGCGAAGCGGGACCAGGGUCUGGCGCUGCUGGAGGAGAGAAGUUAAAGAUUGAAGCUGAUGCGCAUGACCAUAAUUGUAUUUAAACAAUGAGUGAGCCAGAGCUGUUGUUGGACUCCAAUAUCCGACUGUGGGUGGUGCUUCCCAUAGUCUUCAUAACAUUUUUUGUGGGGAUGAUUCGCCACUAUGUGUCCAUUUUGCUCCAGAGCGAUAAAAAGCUCACGCAAGAGCAAGUGUCAGAUAGUCAAGUUCUAAUUAGAAGUAGAGUUCUAAGAGAAAAUGGAAAAUACAUUCCAAAACAGUCAUUUCUGAUGCGGAAAUAUUACUUCAAUAAUCCUGAUGAUGGGUUCUUUAAGAAAACCAAAAGGAAGGUGGUGCCACCUUCUCCAAUGACAGAUCCAACCAUGUUGACAGAUAUGAUGAAAGGGAAUGUAACAAAUGUACUACCUAUGAUUCUGAUUGGUGGCUGGAUCAACAUGACUUUCUCAGGUUUUGUCACAACCAAGGUCCCCUUUCCUUUGACGUUGCGUUUUAAACCAAUGCUACAACAGGGUAUUGAGUUGCUUACUUUGGACGCAUCCUGGGUAAGCUCAGCUUCUUGGUAUUUCCUAAAUGUCUUUGGGCUUCGAAGCAUUUAUACUCUCAUUCUUGGCCAAGACAAUGCUGCAGAUCAGUCCAGAGUAAUGCAGGAGCAGAUGACAGGGGCAGCCAUGGCAAUGCCUGCAGACACUAAUAAAGCUUUCAAGACAGAAUGGGAGGCUCUGGAACUGACUGACCAUCAGUGGGCUUUAGAGGAUGUUGAAGAGGAACUCAUGGCUAAGGAUCUCCGCUUCGAAGGCAUGUUUAAGGAAGAGUUGCAGACGUCGAUGUUUUGAGUGUCUCUGCAUGGGUGGCAUUAAAUUGGUUAUGUUUUAAUAUUUACAGUGUAUUCUUACUGAUGACCAGAAUAAACAUGAUCAGAAUGUCUGUGA